AUGCAAUUUUGUGCCACUCGAUUGGACCCUUCGUGGCAGGCUAAAAGAAUAGCUGCCCAAGAACGACAAGCCAAGAAUGAUGCACCCCAUCUAUUGUCAAGAGGGGGAUAUGAAAGAAAAAAAAAGCAAAUGAAGAAGGCUAAGGCACAGGCAACAGGGGUUGAGGAUGCUGACCGUGUGGAGUCACCUCCCCGCCAUGAGAUGUGGAUAGCAGCCCGGACAAAACCAGAUGGGCAAAUGACUUCUGAGUCUGCAAGAGUCGUUGCUAAUAAAAUAGAGGGUUUAGUUGAGCAGAGCACCCAGGGCUCAUUUGUUUCCGAUGGUCGGAAUGAUAUCCUCACAACGGCCAUAGGAAAGCCAGAGCACGGAGGUCGUGUGCGUGGUGUUGGUGGUUCUUGGAGCCACCGAGAUUUCUUUGGUGGCCGAUCAUCGAGGAGCACUGUCAACUCUUGCAGUCAAGAGGUUAUACAGGAAUUGGAGCAGAGAUUGGAGAUGCAGUUUGAAGAGAAACUGAAGAAUAUUGAAAAACAGUUUGAACAGAAGUUUGAACUUUUGGCUCGUUCUCAGCAACAGACUGCAGUUGCUCAUGAUGGUGUUCGAGUCAGCACUAAAGGGAGUUGUGCUGCUCCAGAUCCCUCACCGGAUCAGACUCACACUGAUGUACCAAACCAGUGUGAGUUAUAUGUUGAGGAUGACCCCCCACGGUUAGUGGCUAUUGGCCGAGUAUUUGAGGGUGGCUCAACCAUCCAUGGUGUCCCUCUACAGCCAGACUGGACACGGGUUGUGGUUGACCAAGUUCAAGAUGCUGCUGCUCCAGUGCCUUUGCCCAAUACAGAGGUUCAACUAGUGGGGCAGGCAACCGACACAUUCUUAGCUUGGCCAAAAUGUUUGGUCAUGCCGCUUUCAGCACGGGCAAAGGAUUUUAUCAAUCGUGGUAAGGAGGUCAUGAGAGAACCUCAUGUUCAUGAUGCCAAUAUCGCAGAAGCUGAGGAUGAUCCCAUAUCUAAGCUUCUAAUCAAAUUACCACGAAUAAAGAAGCAUCCAAUUCAAUUGCAGUGGGACAUUAGAGUUUUUGGAGUUGAUAGCUCUGAUGUUCCACUAUACAUAUCUCUGCCUGAUGCAUUAGAGAUUGUUGGGGGAAACUGCAUGUUAAAUAUAUCUGUCAUACAGUUGUGGGCCAUGUACAUGGACAAAUUGAGUGUGGAGCAAGCACAAGCAGAAGUAUAUGGAUUUAUUGAGUGUUGGGUAUAUCAAUUUACAAACGUUUUUUAA